UGUUGAGCCCUCCUGGUACCCGUAGAACUCCUGUGGAACCAGCAGAGCCUUUCUGGACCCGUCCCCACCCGAAGACGGGUUUAAUGUUGAAGGAGCCGGAGAACCGACCCAGAUGACCCGGUACCUAACGCGCCAGACCGGGUCCAACCUCCAGUGGUCUCAGUAUCUGUUGCCAAGCAACUGAACCCGGAAGUGCAGCCCCUGGCUUGUCGGCGCUAGUCCUUCGCAGGUCCAGAGCAUCUGAAGUGUCCACCAUGUCCACCAUCCAGUCCCUCAGGCAGUUCGUCAGUCAGAGGCUGACGGUGGCGGUGGAGGAAAUAAUCGGUGUGUUUGAAAAAACCAUCACGGAGUACGAAGAGGAGAUCCGACGGCAGCGGAGGAUGCUGGGAGCGGAGCCGCGGCCCGGGGUCCGAACGGCCACGAGCGUCCACGCAGGUGUUUUUCAUGUGGUUGGUGCAGAUGUUCCUCCUGGACCUCAGGAGUCCAGCCACAGUCCGGAUCAGCAGCCACACAUUAAAGAGGAACUGGAGGAGGUUCUAACCAGUCCUGAUGGUCAGGACGUCCACGAGCCAGUCCACGGGCUGGUCCAAGAGCCGGUCCACAGGCAGGUCCAUGAGCCGGUCUACGAGCAGGUCCAUGAGCUGUUCCACGAACAGGUCCACGAGCCGGUCUACGAGCAGGUCCAAGGGCUGGACCAGGAGGAUUCUCCUCCUGUUUCUGCUGUGAAGACAGAACCAGACGAGUCGCCGCUUCCUGAAGUGGGGAACAUCCCCGAGGCCGAGACCACAGUCUGCAGCCAGACCGGACCCAUGAGUUCUGAAGCAGGUGAGGGUGAGCGUGGACCAGCAGAACCGGGCUUUGACUUGGACAUUGGAGGGUUCUUAAAGGCCACCACCAAUGGGCAGCUGUUUCUGUCACACUGUUUUACCACCGAGGACGGAGACUGGAACCUGAGGCCGGAACCCCAGACGUUCUCCGACUGUCUGAGAGGACACCAAGGCGGCACAUGGACAGACAAACAUGUCCAUAAAUGUCCAGCAUGUGGUAAAAGCUUUCAGUACAACACAGCUCUGCAGAGACACAUCCGCUGUCACACAGGUGAGAGGCCGUUCGACUGCACCGUGUGUGAGAAGAAGUUUAAGCAAAAAGGAGGUUUACAGGCACACAUGAGGAAACACACCGGAGAGAAACCCUUUAGCUGUACAGUUUGUGGUAAAAACUUUGCUCAGAAUGGAACGUUAGCUUCACACAUGAGGAUCCACACCGGGGAGAAGCCAUUCAGCUGCCCCAUGUGUAAGAAAAAAUACAGCGAAAGAGGGACGCUGGUCAGACACAUGAGGGUCCACACCGGAGAGAAACCCUUCAGCUGCACCCUGUGUGGGAAAAGGUUCAGCGAAAAGGGAAAUCUGAACAAACACAAGAGGAUUCACACAGGAGAAAAACCCUUCGGCUGUAACAUCUGCGAAAAAAGAUUUAGUCUGAUGUCACACCUCAAAAACCAUAGGUGUCCUGGAAAGAGAAGACCUGAAUCUGUGCCCACAACGUUGAUAAAAGGUCCACAGCUGACGGUUCAGUUAAACAGAGACACACUCUGAGGUCAGGAGGAGACCCUGGACCAACCACAGAACCUCCAUCUGUGGUUUACAUUGACUGUGUCUCUGCUCUGUGGUGGUGUUCAACAUUUAACCCUAGUCCUAACCCCAGGUCCCAUCAGAGUCCAGGUGUUUCACACAUGCAGCUCAGCUCCACCUCUCUGUCAGUAUCACUGAUACAUCAGAUGAUGGUCAACAACUUGGGCCAGUUUUCUUCAUGCAGAUCUGCAGUAGCAGCAUCUAGAUUUACCAAGACAUGCAAAAAUAUAUGAAAAAAAAAAGCAUUGGAUUUUUUCCCCUUAUUUUGCUUUUUAUAAAAGAAAUCCUGUAUAUAUAAUUAGACAUUUUAAAGAAGAAUUUACUAAAACAGGCUCCAGCACCCCCCGCGACCCUAGUGAGGAUAAAGUGGGUUCAGAAGAUGAGUGAGUGAGUGACUGACUGACUGACUGAGUCAGUCAGUGAAAAACCAAGCAUGUAAGGAUGUGACUGUAUCACUGCUGUCUUGGCCAGGUCUCCCUUGAAAAAUAGAUCCCUCAUCUCAAUGGGACAAAACUGGUUAAACAAAACAAAAAAAAC